AUGAUCUUCUCUUAUAAAGUUGAUGAUGUCACCAGAACUGUUUUUCUGAUUACGUCCCUUUUGUGUUUCUUCUUCUUCUUCUACUUCAUCGUCAUUAUGCUAAAGGUCUUCUUCACCACUCCUCACAUGCAGGAGGACCCUCGAUACAUCCUGUUUGUUUACAUGCUCAUCAAUGACACGUUUUAUAUCAUCAUCACAAAUUUUAUUGUAGUGUCUUACAUGCAUGCUGUAUACUUCCCCAUGAUCAUCUGUUUGAUCAUUCACACUUUGAAUGGCACUUCCUUUCUAGUGACCCCAUACAACCUGGCCCUCAUGUCUCUAGAACGUUACAUAGCCAUAUGUUUCCCAUUGAGACAUGCACAGUUGUGUACACCAAGGAGAGCAAAAUAUGCAAUUGCUGUGAUCUGGGUCAUAGGGUUGUCUCUAUGUAGUAUAAACUUCAUUAUCACAAUGUACUUUACAAAUAGAACCUCAUAUUUUCUUUAUGUGUUGUGCGAUGGUUCAGUGUUGAUGGUAAGCCCCAUAAAAAAUGUGAUCAGGAGCUUUACCAAUAUCUUCAGCUUCUCCGUGGUGGUCUUGAUCAUUGUAUUUACCUACAUUAAUGUCAUGCUGGUUGCCAGGAGGGUCGGUUCUGAUGGUUCUUCAGCCCUUAAAGCUGGUAAAACUGUGAUGCUUCAUGCCUUCCAGCUAAUGUUAUGUAUGGCCUCCUUCAUCAACACCGUAACCGAGAUCUAUAUAAAUAGCUACACAAAUUUCAUAAUUGUUUUGAACUAUGUUUUGUUCACAUGUGUGCCCAGAUUCCUCAGUCCGCUGAUCUAUGGUGUAAGAGAUGAAGUUUUUCAAAAGCAUAUAAGAAAAAAUUGCACAAUAUCUUGUGUCUGUUGUUCACAAUGA